AACAAAGCAAUUAGCAAACAACAGUUAAAGACAACAACAUGCCUUUGGCAUUUGCUAUCUUUGUUAAUUAUCCUCUAAAGUAUCUCUCUCUCUAUUUCUCUCCACAACUUCUCCAAUACCCAUAAUAGUGACCUUUAUGAUCUUUUGAUUCUCUCUAUUCUGCUCCAACUUUGGAGCUUAAACCAAACCCAGCUAAUCUCUGCUUACUUAACUCAGUUGAUUUGGUGACCCAAACAACAAACAACUGCAGUUGGUCACCAUCUUCAUUCUCAAGCUCUCUUUUUCUACACCAUGAACAACUAGUAUCCAACCAUGCGGAGAACAAGUUCUGUUUCAGAAAAAAAUGAGCUUCAAUACCAUUAAGGGACUCCAUUUUUGGUGGAGGGUCACUUCAUCAUUUUUCCUUCUUCAUCAUCUUCUUCACCAUUCUUCUUCUACUACUACAGCUCUCAAUUCAGACGGAAUUUUCUUACUUUCUUUCAAGUAUUUAAUCUUAAACGACCCUCUUUCAGCCUUGGAAACCUGGAAUUACUACGACCAAACACCUUGUUUAUGGAAAGGAAUCACUUGCUCAGAAAUCGGUCCACCUGGGACACUGGACAUGUUCAGAGUCACCAGCUUGGUCCUCCCUAAUAACCAACUUCUGGGUUCGAUCUCACCUGACUUGGGACGAAUUGAACACCUUCGUCACCUUGAUCUUUCCAACAAUUUCUUUAAUGGGUCAUUACCUUCCACCAUUUUCAACGCCUCUGAGCUUCAAGUGCUUUCUCUCUCUAACAAUGUGAUAUCUGGUCAACUUACUGACUCUGUUUCUGGUCUUAAAAGUCUUCAGUUUUUGAAUCUCUCUGACAACGCUUUUGCCGGAAAACUUCCCCAAAACCUUACUUCUUUGCAGAAUCUAACCGUUAUUUCCCUGAAAAGUAAUUACUUUUCUGGUAAAGUUCCCGGUGGGUUCAGUAAGGUUCAAGUAUUAGAUCUGUCGUCGAAUUUGCUUAAUGGGUCUCUUCCUUCGGAUUUUGGUGGAGAGAGUUUGAGAUUUUUGAACGUUUCUUAUAACAAGAUUUCAGGGAAUAUACCAUUGGAGUUUGCCAAACUAAUUCCGGUUAAUGCUACUGUUGAUCUUUCGUUUAACAAUCUUACCGGAGCAAUACCAGAAUCAAGUUCUCUGCUUUCUCAGAAAAAAGAGUUUUUCUCAGGAAACUCUAAUCUUUGCGGAAAGCCAUUAAAAAAUCUCUGUACAAUUCCUUCGAGUCUGUCUAAAGAACCUAAUGUCACUACUUCUUCUCCGGCCAUUGCAGCCAUACCCAAAACAAUCGACUCAACUCCGGUGACAGCUUCAAACGGAGCUCCGCCACAACAACAGCAGCAGCAGACAGGGCUAAAACCAGGUACAAUAGUCGGAAUAGUCGUCGGAGACUUAGCUGGAAUAGCUCUCUUAGCAAUGGUGAUUCUCUACGUCUACCAAAGCCGGAAAAGGAAACAUCUUGAUUCAUUAACGAAAUCUACUUCCGACCAUGGAAACAAAACGGGUUAUUAUAGCGGAAAACAGGACGACCCUGACACCAUUAAAGCCUCUACAUGGUCUUGCUUGACGAUUAAAGGUGAAGAGACAUCGGAAGAGACUAGCUCAGACAGUGACGGAGACGAGAGAAACAGAGAACCAGUAAGCGGUACUGGGCCUAGUCGGAAUGGAGGGUUGCUGGUUACAGUUGACGAUGACCAGUCGCCGGGGCUGGAGCUGGAGACUCUGCUUAAAGCUUCGGCGUAUACUUUGGGGGCAAACGGAGAAAGCAUUGUGUACAAAGCUUUAAUGGAGGAUGGGACUGCGGUGGUGGUGAGAAGAAUCGGGAAAAGUCAGGGGGAGAGGAUGAGAGAUUUCGAGAGCCAAGUUAGGUCCAUAUCGAAGGUCCGACACCCGAACUUGGUUCGGAUUCGUGGGUUUUACUGGGGCGAUGAGAAGCUUGUUAUCUAUGAGUAUGUCUCCAAUGGCAGCCUCGCUAACACCGGCAGCCGAAGAGCGGGGUCGUCACCAUGUAAUCAACCGCUUGAAAUUCGGCUUAAGAUAGCAAGAGGCAUUGCGAGAGGGCUAAGCUACAUCCACGAGAAGAAACAUGUGCAUGCCAAUAUUAAACCAAGUAAUAUACUUUUAAACAAUGAAAUGGAGCCCAUAAUUAGUGAUUUUGGCCUAGAUCGCCUUAUUCUCCCACCCGGAACUAGUACUCACAAGAGUGGUUCGGCUAGGUAUUUUGGAAGCCUAAAAUCGGCUUCCACUGCCACCCGCGACAGCCAAUAUGAUGUCACCUUUGGUGGUAGCCCGGGAUCAUCAUCUUUGGCUGCCGCGGGUGUGUCUCCUUAUCAAGCACCUGAGUCUAUGAAGAAUUUGAAGCCUAAUCCCAAGUGGGAUGUGUUUUCUUUUGGUGUUGUUUUACUUGAGCUUCUAACCGGGCGGGUUUUUUCAGACCGGGAAUUAGGGCAAUGGACCGGAUCCGGUUCGAUGGUUGAGGAUAAGAGCCGGGUUUUGAGAUUGGUUGAUGUUGGGCUGAGAGGUGAGGUAGAGUACAAGGAGGAGGCCUUGCUGGCAUGCUUGAAAUUAGGGUUUCAAUGUGCUUCUUUUGUCCCACAAAAGAGACCAACCAUGAAAGAAGCCCUCCAAGUGUUGGACAAGUUCACUUUCAUUUCUUUGGAACACUAAUGAUGUAUUAAUUUGUGCCACAACAAAAGUUUUUCUUAGGCUAAAAGCUUUAUUUCAUUUUUUUAAUUUCUUUCUCUGUAAUUUGUUUUUUCUUCAUCUUUUUGUUGACUUGGACAUUGCAUAAAAAGAAGGAAAUGUGUUGAUAAAAA